AUGGGGUUCGCGUAUGCUAAGAUGUACUUUAUCGAGGACUACAAAUCGCCGCAGUCCAUUUACUGGUGUCUCAAGAGCUUUGUCAUCUUUGGGAGGUGCAGAGGAAAAGGCUCAACCGAUCCGGAGCCUGACGCCCUUGUUUCUGUCGCCGAGAAAUGGAGUGAUGCCGAGGAAGUAGUCGGGUUUGGUGCCUGUCAAAGUAGUCUGGCCGACGCGGUACGUCCUCUGCAAUGCGGCAAAGCAUCACUCUUUCUCUCCUCGGGCCAGAUGAUCAAGAAGAACUUCGAGAGAUGCCGUCCGAUAGCACGUUGGCUGCGAGUAUCGGCGGGGGUUAGAGUCGGCAGCGUGAGGUGGGAGGCGACGGAUGUAACGGUCGAGACGGCGAGGGCGUCGCUGGUUGACACGUCCUUGGAAGUGCCGUCUCGAGUCAGUGUCUGGAAGCCGUAA